AUUUAAACUUCCACCAAAAACAAACACUUUAACAACUCCAAGGCAUUGAUUUUAGGAAGAAGAAGAAUAUGAACUGGUCGAGAGGUGACUGGAUGUGUGGUGCUUGUGAACACGUAAACUUCAAGAAAAGAGAAGCUUGUCAAAGAUGUGGGUACUCAAAAUAUGGAGGCCCUCACCCUCAAUACCCAACCGCACAUGAACAUGGUAUCAAAACAGAAGAAGCUUUGGCUGGAGAUUGGUAUUGCAAAUGUGGAGCUCAUAAUUAUGCUACCCGAUCAAGCUGCUAUAGAUGUCAUGCAUAUAAGAGUCUUGAUCUUGGUGCCUUUCCUGGUUGGAAAUCUGGGGAUUGGAUCUGCACAAGAUGUGAAACCCACAAUUAUGCUAGCAGAAUGAAAUGCUACAAAUGCAGUUUUGGAGGAGCUGUUUGAAAUCGAGGGGUCUUGACAUAGAAAACAAGAUAACUCCGGGACUCUAAGCAUCUAUUGUAUGCAAUAGUAUAGUGCAUCUAAUUCGCACGGAGUAUCUGUCGAAACUUUCUCUUAUCUUAGUAUGGAACUGUAGGAUCUUUUUUCCUAGUCGUAUUGAAUUAGUAAAAAAAUAAAGGUUGGUGCUACGUCCCCUAUUGUUUGACUCAACAUUUAUUGGAGACAAGUCCCGACUUACUCGAGUGUCACAUGCCCAUCGGUUUCCAUCUUGAUUCGUCCCCGAGCCUCAUUCUACUCGAAAAGAUAUUGCUUUAAUACAUAUAACGAC